ACCCCGAUUUAAUUGGAGAUCAGUAUCGUUAUUAAUUUAAUUAAUCAAGUGUUUUAUCAGGCGAUCCAAUUGUAUUGUGUCCUUUGUGGAAUUCGGGUAAAUCCUCGAUGGGGAAAGGAGGCGGAUGCGUUCCAAGCAAGAAGAAGAAGCCGCCGUCUCUUCCCCCCGGAGAUGGCCCCGCCGCCACCGAUGUCGGUGGAGCUGCGCCGAUCCCGAUCGAGGAUGAUCGGACAACUGGAGAUGGCGAACAUACGGCGACGACAACCAGCGCAGGGACAACGCCGGCGAUUGCGGCCAGGAUCCCGGUGAGGAUCUUCAUCGUCUUCUACUCCAUGUACGGGCACGUAGAGAGCUUGGCGAGGAGGAUGAAGAAGGGCGUCGAUGGCGUCGAUGGGGUGGAGGCGACGCUGUACAGGGUGCCGGAGACGCUGCCGAGGGAGGUUCUGGAGCAAAUGAAGGCGCCGCCAAAGGAUCCGGAGAUCCCGGAGAUCACGGCGGCGGAUCUGGCGGCGGCGGACGGAUUUCUAUUUGGUUUUCCGACUAGGUAUGGGUGUAUGGCUGCGCAGAUGAAGGCUUUCUUCGAUUCGACGGGGCAGUUAUGGAGGGAGCAGACGCUCGCCGGAAAACCUGCCGGGUUCUUCGUGAGUACGGGGACGCAGGGCGGGGGCCAGGAGACCACCGCUUGGACAGCAAUCACACAGCUCGCACACCAUGGAAUGCUAUUUGUCCCCAUAGGGUACACCUUUGGGGCCGGAAUGUUCAAGAUGGAUUCAAUCCGAGGAGGCUCUCCAUAUGGAGCUGGCGUCUAUGCCGGUGAUGGGACCAGACAGCCUACCGAAACAGAGCUUGCUCUCGCAGAACAUCAAGGAAAAUACAUGGCUGCCGUGGUCAAAAGACUUUCACAGUCUGAAACCUCGGGUUCUCUCGCUUAAUAAUUUGUGAUCUCGUUACAUUAGUUCAAUGGAAAAAUGCAUUGUUUUGGGUGUUUACUGUGUCAGCAAUCUCGGUCCGGACAAGCCUGCAUCUUUGAGACGUUCCAAAAAUUGAAAGUUCAAAUCAAAGGGUUCCUUCUUACUUCUUGAUGGGAGCCGAAGAUGCGGAAGUACGGAUAGGAGCCGGUGGGUUGUGUACAUGAGCUUAUUGAGUUCUCUUCAUCUGUGGUUUUGGUUUUUGGUCUUGUACAAAUUUGGUUUUGGCACGUUAUUGGAGUGGAUUCAAUGUUAUUUGAAGCCAAAUUUAUUGCAUUUUAAUU